AUGGCAGUGAAUACAACGGAGCAAGUCAUUGUUAAGUCUGGACCAGGAACUUUCCUUAGUCUGGCAGUUUAUGACAAUUAUAUCUUCUGGUCAGACUGGGGACGAAGAGCUAUUUUGCGUUCCAACAAGUACACUGGAGGAGAAACCAAAGUUCUUCGUUCAGAUAUUCCACAUCAGCCAAUGGGAAUCAUAGCUGUUGCUAAUGACACCAAUAGCUGUGAACUCUCUCCUUGUGCAUUACUAAAUGGAGGUUGCCAUGACCUCUGCCUUCUAACGCCAGAUGGAAGAGUGAAUUGUUCCUGUAGAGGGGACAGAACAUUGCUGGCUAGCAACAGAUGUGUGACUAAAAACUCUUCUUGUAAUAUCUAUUCUGAGUUCGAGUGUGGAAAUGGGGACUGUGUUGACUAUGUCCUCACCUGUGAUGGUAUCCCACACUGUAAGGACAAAUCAGACGAAAAGCUGCUCUAUUGUGAAAACCGAAGUUGCCGAAGUGGGUUUAAACCUUGCUACAAUCGUCGCUGUAUUCCUCAUGGAAAACUGUGUGAUGGUACAAAUGAUUGUGGAGAUGGCUCUGAUGAACUGGAUUGUAAAGUGUCUACUUGCUCCACAGUUGAGUUUCGAUGUACAGAUGGGACUUGCAUUCCAAGAUCAGCACGGUGCAAUCAAAACAUGGACUGUUCAGAUGCUUCAGAUGAAAAGGGCUGCAAUAAUACAGAUUGUACACAUUUCUAUAAACUUGGAGUGAAAUCCACAGGAUUCAUCAGAUGUAACUCUACUUCUCUGUGUGUUCUGCCAAGCUGGAUAUGCGAUGGAUCUAAUGACUGUGGAGACUAUUCGGAUGAAUUAAAGUGCCCAGUUCAAAACAAACACACAUGUGAAGAGAAUUAUUUUGGUUGUCCUAGUGGAAGAUGCAUUUUGAAUACCUGGGUAUGUGAUGGUCAGCAGGACUGUGAGGAUGGGCUGGAUGAGCUACACUGUGAUUCUUCUUGCUCAUGGAAUCAAUUUGCUUGUUCCGUACAUAAAUGUAUUUCUAAACACUGGAUCUGUGAUGGAGAGGAUGACUGUGGAGACGGCUUAGAUGAAAGUGACAACAUUUGUGGUGCCGUCACUUGUGCUGCUGAUAUGUUCAGCUGCCAGGGCUCCCAUGCCUGUGUGCCCCAACACUGGCUGUGCGAUGGUGAGAGAGACUGCCCCGACGGAAGUGAUGAGCUAUCCAGUGCAGGCUGUGCACCUAAUAAUACAUGUGACGAAAAUGCAUUCAUGUGCCAUAAUAAGGUGUGCAUUCCCAAGCAGUUUGUGUGUGACCAUGAUGAUGACUGUGGAGACGGCUCAGAUGAGUUCCUGGAGUGUGGGUACCGUCAGUGUGGUCCGGAAGAGUUCCGCUGUGCUGAUGGGCGCUGCCUCGUAAACACGCUAUGGCAGUGUGAUGGUGACUUUGACUGUCCUGACAGUUCUGAUGAGGCGCCAAUGAACCCAAGGUGCACGAGUGCAGAACAUUCGUGCAACAGUUCAUUUUUUAUGUGCAAAAAUGGCAGGUGCAUUCCCAGCGAUGGUCUUUGUGACAAUAGGGAUGACUGCGGUGAUGGCUCAGAUGAGGCAAAAUGCCACAUAAAUGAAUGUCUGAGUAAGAAAAUCAGUGGAUGUUCUCAAGAUUGUCAGGAUUUGCCAAUCAGUUACAAGUGCAAAUGCUGGCCUGGAUUCCAACUGAAGGAUGAUGGUAAAACAUGUGUAGACAUUGAUGAAUGUUCUACAGGUUUCCCCUGUAGUCAGCAAUGCAUCAAUACAUAUGGAACCUACAAGUGCCGCUGUACAGAAGGCUAUGAAACACAGCCUGAUAACCAAAAUGGCUGCAGGUCACUCUCAGAUGAAGAACCCUUCUUAAUUCUCGCUGACCAACAUGAAAUUAGAAAAAUUAGCACUGAUGGCUCCAACUAUACACUUCUAAAGCAGGGACUAAACAAUGUUAUUGCUAUAGACUUCGAUUAUAGAGAGGAAUUCAUAUAUUGGAUUGAUUCCAGCAGACCCAAUGGAAGUCGCAUAAACAGAAUGUGUCUAAAUGGAAGUGAUAUCAAGGUAGUGCAUAACACUGCUGUCCCCAAUGCACUUGCUGUUGAUUGGAUUGGCAAAAACCUCUAUUGGUCUGACACAGAGAAAAGGAUAAUUGAAGUAUCGAAACUCAAUGGCUUGUACCCUACUGUACUUGUUAGCAAAAGGCUGAAGUUUCCCAGGGACCUGUCGUUAGAUCCACGAGCCGGGAAUUUGUACUGGAUUGAUUGCUGUGAGUAUCCUCACAUUGGCCGUGUCGGAAUGGAUGGAACAAAUCAGAGUGUUGUCAUAGAAACCAAGAUUUCUCGACCGAUGGCAUUAACAAUAGACUAUGUCAACCAUAGACUCUACUGGGCUGAUGAAAAUCACAUUGAAUUUAGUAACAUGGAUGGAUCUCAUAGACAUAAAGUCCCUAAUCAAGAUAUUCCAGGGGUGAUUGCACUAACAUUGUUUGAAGACUACAUCUACUGGACUGAUGGGAAAACCAAGUCACUCAGCCGUGCCCAUAAAACCUCGGGAGCAGACAGACUUUCACUGAUUAACUCAUGGCAUGCCAUCACAGAUAUCCAGGUGUAUCAUUCUUAUAGACAACCUGAUGUCUCCAAACAUCUUUGCACGGUAAAUAAUGGUGGUUGCAGCCAUUUGUGCCUUUUAGGCCCUGGAAAGACGCAUACCUGUGCAUGUCCUACCAACUUCUACCUUGCAGCUGACAAUAGAACUUGUUUAUCCAACUGCACAGCAAGUCAGUUUCGAUGCAAAACUGAUAAAUGCAUCCCUUUCUGGUGGAAAUGUGAUACUGUGGAUGACUGUGGCGAUGGAUCUGAUGAGCCUGACGACUGUCCUGAAUUUAAGUGUCAGCCAGGCCGAUUUCAGUGUGGAACAGGACUCUGUGCACUCCCUGCCUUCAUCUGUGAUGGGGAAAAUGACUGUGGAGACAACUCAGAUGAACUUAACUGUGACACACAUGUCUGCCUGGCGGGCCAGUUCAAGUGUACCAAGAAUAAGAAAUGCAUCCCAGUAAACCUCAGAUGUAAUGGACAAGAUGAUUGUGGUGAUGAAGAAGAUGAGAGAGACUGUCCUGAAAACAGCUGCUCUCCCGACUAUUUCCAAUGUAAGACGACAAAGCAUUGCAUCUCCAAGCUGUGGGUUUGUGACGAGGACCCAGACUGUGCUGAUGCCUCUGACGAGGCCAACUGUGAUAAAAAGACUUGUGGACCUCAUGAAUUCCAGUGUAAGAACAACAACUGUAUUCCAGACCACUGGCGAUGUGAUAGUCAGAAUGACUGCAGUGAUAAUUCUGACGAAGAAAACUGCAAACCACAGACCUGUACACUAAAGGAUUUUCUCUGCAACAACGGAGACUGUGUUUCAUCAAGGUUCUGGUGUGAUGGAGAGUUUGACUGUGCUGAUGGUUCUGAUGAGAAAAAUUGUGAAACGAGUUGUUCCAAAGAUCAAUUUCAGUGUUCCAAUGGCCAAUGUCUGUCAGCAAAAUGGAAGUGUGAUGGACAUGAAGACUGUAAAUAUGGAGAAGAUGAGAAAAACUGUGAGCCAGCCUUUCCUGUCUGCUCAUCAAGUGAAUAUACGUGUGCCAGUGGAGGAUGUCUGUCAGCAUCUUUGAAAUGUAAUGGAGAAACUGACUGUGUUGAUGGUUCAGAUGAGAUGGACUGUGUGACAGAAUGUAAGGAAGAUCAGUUUCAAUGCAGAAAUAAAGCAUACUGUAUUCCAAUUCGGUGGCUGUGCGAUGGAAUUUAUGACUGUGUGGACGGCAGUGAUGAAGAGAACUGUGGCAGAGGAGGAAGUAUAUGCAGAGCUGAUGAGUUCCUGUGCAAUAACUCCCUGUGCAAGCUCCAUUUCUGGGUUUGUGAUGGAGAAGAUGACUGUGGAGACAACUCUGAUGAAGUGCCUGACAUGUGUGUCAAAUUUCUGUGCCCACCCACAAGGCCCUACAGAUGCAGAAAUGAUAGAAUCUGUCUGCAACUUGAGAAAAUGUGCAAUGGGAUUAAUGACUGUGGAGACAACUCUGAUGAGGAAGACUGCAGUGGUACAUUGACAUUUAAGUACAAGCCUUGUAAGAAGGAUGAGUUUACUUGUAGUAACAGAAACUGCAUCCCCAUGGAGCUGCAGUGUGAUGGCCUUGAUGACUGUGGUGAUGGCUCAGAUGAACAAGGCUGCGUGCAGACUCCCACUGAACACACCUGUGAGAACAAUGGGCAUCCGUGUGGAGAUGAUGCAUAUUGUAAUCAAAUAAAAACAUCUGUUUUCUGUCGCUGUAAGCCUGGAUUUCAGAGAAACAUCAAAGGCAGAGAAUGUGCAGAUCUCAAUGAAUGCCUGGUGUUUGGAAUAUGCUCCCAGCACUGUCUAAACACACGAGGAUCAUAUAAAUGUGUCUGUGACCAGAACUUUCAAGAAAAAAACAACAGCUGUAUAGCAAAAGGCUCUGAAGAUCAAGCUCUCUACAUAGCUAAUGACACUGACAUCCUGGGUUUUGUAUAUCCAUUCAACUACAGUGGCAGUCAUCAGCAGAUUUCUCAUGUUGAACAUAAUUCAAGAAUAACAGGGAUGGAUGUAUAUUAUCAAAGAAAUGUGAUUGUCUGGAGUACUCAGUUUAAUCCAGGCGGGAUUUUCUACACAAUGAUCGAUGCCAGAGAAAAGAGACAAGCGAAUAGUGGCUUGAUUUGUCCUGAAUUUAAAAGGCCCCGAGACAUUGCUGUUGACUGGGUUACAGGAAAUGUUUAUUGGACUGAUCAUUCCAGAAUGCACUGGUUCAGCUACUAUACUACUCACUGGACCAGCCUGAGGUACUCCAUCAAUGUAGGACAGCUCAAUGGCCCCAACUGCACCAGACUCUUAACAAAUAUGGCUGGCGAGCCCUAUGCUAUUGCUGUAAAUCCUAAAAGAGGGAUGAUGUACUGGACUGUAAUUGGGGAUCACUCCCAUAUAGAAGAGGCGGCCAUGGAUGGCACUCUGAGGAGAAUUUUAGUACAAAAAAACUUGCAGAGACCCACAGGUCUGACUGUUGAUCACUUUGGUGAACGCAUCUACUGGGCAGACUUUGAGCUCUCCAUCAUUGGCAGUGUCAUGUAUGACGGCUCCAGUCCAGUGGUCUCUGUCAGCAGCAAGCAAGGAUUGUUUCAUCCUCACAGAAUUGAUGUCUUUGAAGAUUACAUAUAUGGAGCAGGACCUAAAAAUGGUAUAUUCAGAGUUCAAAAAUUUGGUCAUGGCUCAGUAGAGGUCCUAACUUUAGACGUUGACAAAACAAAGAGCAUUGUGGUAUCACAUCGCUAUAAACAACUAAACUUACCCAAUCCUUGCUUGGGUUUGUCAUGUGAUUUUCUCUGUUUGCUGAAUCCUUCUGGAGCCACAUGUGUCUGCCCAGAAGGAAAACAUAUACUGAAUGGAACCUGCCAUGAGAACAGUCUGUUAGAUGACUCUUGCAAACUGACUUGUGAGAAUGGAGGAAGGUGCAUUUUAAAUGAGAAGGGUGAUCUGAGAUGUCACUGCUGGCCCAGUUAUUCAGGAGGAAGGUGUGAAGUCAACCACUGUAGCAAUUACUGUGAGAAUGGAGGGACCUGCAUACCAUCCACUCUAGGAAGACCCACCUGUAUCUGUGCCUUGGGCUUUACUGGGCCGAACUGCGGCAAGACAGUCUGCGAAGAUUCUUGUCACAAUGGUGGGAGCUGUGUUGUGACUGCUGGGAACCAACCUUACUGCCACUGCCAGGCAGACUACACUGGAGACAGAUGCCAGUACUAUGUGUGUCACCACUACUGUGUGAAUUCAGAAUCGUGUACCAUUGGGAACGAUGGAAGUGUUGAAUGUGUCUGCCCAACACGCUAUGAAGGACCAAAAUGUGAGAUUGACAAAUGUGUACGGUGCCAUGGGGGCCACUGUAUUAUAAAUCAAGACAACGAGGAUAUAUUUUGCAAACGAAGUGAAUGGGAGCAGAACUUAGGAGCUAAUGCUAAAGCUAUUGUUUGUAUCAUGAAACAAGCUCACCUCCUGAGCCUGCAGUAUACCUUCCUAUACCAAAGACAUAAGACUACAGCUGUGGAGGUUCUAUGUAGGCAACAGCUCAACCUCUCCAUGUUCGAUGAUAUAAAUGGGUGCUAUUUUCAACAGUGUGGAAUUGCUGUCAAUUUGUUAGAGCAAUCUAUUGCCUUGGACACAGCCUAA